UUGAAAAAAAAAUGACUCCAUCUUCCUCUCUAUUGUUCAUCUUCUUUUUCUUCCUCUCUUUUUCGACGCAUGCCCAAACGCUAAUCCAUGGCACUUGCAAGCUUUGCUCUCAACAAGACCCGGGUGUGGAUUACCAAUUUUGUGCGACGUCUCUACAAGCUGCCCCCGGGAGCCAUCAUGCUAACAUUAGAGGCCUUGGGAAAAUCUCAAUCCGGCUAACAAAAAAGAACAUGACAGAUACGAGGUUUUACAUCAGGAGGUUACUCAACAACUAUGGUGUGAAUCUUUCUACUUAUGCAAGGAUGCGUUUGAACGAUUGUCUUGAGCUUUACUCUGACUCUAUUACUGAUAUUAAAAGCGCCUUUAGAAACUACAAGGCAAGUCGAUUUGAUGAGGCCAAUUUACUCUUAAGUGCAGUCAUGGAAGCUGCCAACACUUGUGAAAAUGGAUUUAAAGAGAUGGAUAACAUUGUUUCACCAUUGACAAAAAGAAAUGAUGCGACUUUUGACCUGUCUGCGAUUGCGCUUGCUAUUAUACAUAUUCUUCAAGUUGGUAUAAACUCUCCUUGA